UGGCUACCCAGUGGCCCCGCUGCUCCCAUGGAUCCGCUGAACCUGUCCUGGUACGAUGACGAUCUGGAGAGCCGGAACUGGAGCCGGCCCUUCAACGGGUCCGAAGGGAAAGCCGACAGGCCCCAGUACAACUACUACGCCAUGCUGCUUACCCUCCUCAUCUUCGUCAUCGUCUUCGGCAACGUGCUGGUGUGCAUGGCCGUGUCCCGCGAGAAGGCGCUGCAGACCACCACCAACUACCUGAUCGUCAGCCUCGCUGUGGCCGACCUCCUGGUGGCCACGCUCGUCAUGCCCUGGGUGGUCUACCUGGAGGUGGUGGGCGAGUGGAAAUUCAGCAGGAUUCACUGUGACAUCUUUGUCACUCUGGAUGUCAUGAUGUGCACAGCAAGCAUCCUGAACCUGUGUGCCAUCAGCAUCGACAGGUACACAGCCGUGGCCAUGCCCAUGCUCUACAACACGCGCUACAGCUCCAAGCGCCGAGUCACUGUCAUGAUCUCCAUCGUCUGGGUCCUGUCCUUCACCAUCUCUUGCCCUCUGCUCUUCGGACUCAACAACACAGACCAGAACGAAUGCAUCAUCGCCAACCCCGCCUUCGUGGUCUACUCCUCCAUCGUCUCCUUCUACGUGCCCUUCCUCGUUACCCUGCUGGUCUACAUCAAGAUCUACGUCGUCCUCCGCAGGCGGCGCAAGCGGGUCAACACUAAGCGCAGCAGCCGGGCUUUCAGGGCCAACCUGAAGGCCCCGCUCAAGGGCAACUGCACUCACCCUGAGGACAUGAAACUCUGCACCGUUAUCAUGAAGUCUAAUGGGAGUUUCCCUGUGAACAGGCGGAGAGUGGAGGCUGCCCGCCGAGCCCAGGAACUGGAAAUGGAGAUGCUCUCCAGCACCAGCCCGCCCGAGAGGACCCGGUACAGCCCCAUCGCGCCCAGCCACCACCAGCUGACCCUCCCCAACGCAUCCCACCACGGCCUCCACAGCACACCUGACAGCCCUGCCAAACCACAGAAGAACGGACAUGCCAAAGACCACCCCAAGAUUGCCAAGAUCUUUGAGAUCCAGUCCAUGCCCAAUGGCAAAACCCGGACCUCUCUCAAGACCAUGAGCCGCAGGAAGCUCUCCCAGCAGAAGGAGAAGAAAGCCACCCAGAUGCUCGCCAUUGUUCUCGGCGUGUUCAUCAUCUGCUGGCUGCCCUUCUUCAUCACCCACAUCCUGAACAUACACUGUGAUUGCAACAUCCCACCCGUCCUGUACAGCGCCUUCACGUGGCUGGGCUAUGUCAACAGCGCCGUGAACCCCAUCAUCUACACCACCUUCAACAUUGAGUUCCGCAAGGCCUUCCUGAAGAUCCUACACUGCUGA